AUGUAUUCCUUCCUCUCGCUUUUCGGAUUUGUGUGGGUUCUCGGAGGCUUCACUGCUUGUGCCCGCGGUGGCAAAGUUACACAAAAACAACUCGAACUGUCAUGGCUCUUCAGCUGGGACAGCCAACUAGCUCUGCCCAAUCCGAUCACCGCCCAAUGCGAGACGUUGCACGUCGCUUGGGGACGCGACUCGAUGACUGGUCCUGACCCGAUUGCCCCCUACUCGAUGCUGGUCUUCUCGUCGAAUGAGCAAUCCCCCCUGGUUAUUGAUGCGGGAAGUGCUCUUGAGUUCGACCUUACAAUACCGUUUGGCCCCUCGACUCAGUAUCAGGUGUGCAUGUUCGACUCCCGCGGCAAUACAGGUGGAUGCCAGGCGGUGUAUACUGUCUAUCCAACCAUAGAUCAAUCCACUGGUCUUGCGCCGACCUGCACCAACGUUACGUUUCCAAAACCCCUGAACGUAACCAUGACCCAGGGCGACGGUACCGAAUUGAGCCGCUAUGCCUUCAACCCGCCUCAGUGCGACACGCUGACUGUGACGCCCAAUGAAGGGACGCCGCCUUUCACGCUAACAAUCGCCCCUGCUUUGCGUCCUCCUAUCAACAUCACCAGCGAGACAAGUGGCCCCAUCAAUUGGACCGUAGACUUGGAUUGGGCUACGCCGUUCUUCCUUCUUCUAGCCGAUGCGGACGGCCGGACAUACACUGCUGGACCUCUGCAUGCAGGAGGACCCGGGACGACGAAAUGCUUUGCUCGUGGUCCUUCAGGCCCUUCAAAUGGAGGCAAGAUCGCGGGCGCCGUAAUAGGGUCCCUGGUCGCGGGUGUGCUGCUGGGCGUAACAUCCAUGACGGCUCUAUCUGUGUACAGGUCUCAUCGGGCUAUGCCCAAGCCUUCUCUAUUCAGCUCGUUCGAGAAGAAAGAGUUCAGUGUUCUGGAGGAAGGGCAAAGACCAGUGGUACCUUUGAACAUAGACAUCGCUCAUAUACCAUCUGCUCCGUCGUCGAUCGUUCCUGCCAUGCCACGAGCUUCAAGCUUGUCUGCGCCGUUGCCAGCAGCACCGUUGCCGGCGGAACAAGCGAGACACAAUUCGACGAGCCCGCGGCGGUCUAGGAAGAAUACUCAAGAUAUGGCACCUGCUGGCACGCUCAGAACCGAGAACAGCGUAGGGGAAAGUAGCGGAUCCGCGGCGUCCAGCCCAGAAUUUGUGUCGCCGUCCUCGACCUCCGCUAUAUCGGGCCUGUCGUCGGUGUCCACCAUCACGGAAAGUCCUAGCGAGGCUCAGGGACCGCUGUUAGCGGGCAGAGUAUACAUCAGGCAUAUGGAUGGGGGCACCGUCAUCGAGCUGCCUCCGAGCUAUGUGGAUGGGCGCCCACAACCACCGCCGAGCACGCAGAGCUGA